GAGAAAAAGACCACAGAAAAAGUAUCCGCUAACACGAAGGACAUGGAUCCCAGGGCAAAUACGCCCGGCACACAAAGUUGGUUCCGACUUGGAGCUACCACCUCACCUCGCCUAUACCGCCCUCCGAGCUGCCCUGUGCUUGUGUCUCUGUACUGUGUGUGCUGUGUGUGCUGUGUGCUGUUCUCGUGCUUGUGCCCCUCCCCUCUCCUGAAGCCCCGAUCGCUAGCCCCGAGCGAAGCUUGACGCAAAAGGCUCCCAGACCAUUCCUACUGGCCAGAUCUGCACACGUUACGUCGUCAUCCGGCUCUUUCCCUUUCACCUGCUAAUUCCAACGCAGACUCAAGCUUCCCGCGUACCUUGCAUACUACCCACAUUGCUCACUCGCAAUAACGCACAGCUUUUGCUACCCGACCAAGCUUCCAUUUAGCCGCCAACAUGUCUGCUCAGGAUCGCGUCCAAAACUACAUCGGUCAGCUCGACCGUGAGCUGUCCAAGUACCCCGCCCUUAACAACAUCGAGAAGUCGACCAACGUCCCCAAGGCUUACGCCGCCAUCGGAGUCGCUUCCCUCUACUUCUUCCUCAUCAUCUUCAACCUUGGCGGCCAGCUUCUCACCAACUUUGCCGGCUUCAUCCUCCCCGGAUACUACUCCCUGAACGCUCUGUUCACUGCCAACAAGCAGGACGACACCCAGUGGUUGACCUACUGGGUUGUCUUUGCCUUCUUCACCGUUGCGGAGAGCCUCGUCAACGUCAUCUACUGGUUCCCCUUUUACUUCACCUUCAAGUUCGUUUUCCUGCUGUGGCUCGCUCUUCCCACCUUCCGUGGUGCUGAGAUCAUCUUCAACUCCUUCCUUACCCCCAUGCUGGCCAAGCACUUCAACAGUGCCUCGACUGCCUCUGGCCUCCGGGCCCAGGCUGGCAAGGCUGAGUAAAGUCGCGCUGGCGCUAGCUCAUCAAAAAGGUUGAUUGCCAUAAGAGAUCCACCUACGACGAGUUAUACAGCUGGUCCAACUUCAUCCCAGUGGCAUUCGCAAGCUAGUCAACCGGACGUUAUGCGGCGACCAAGAGCACAAAGAGUACGGGAUGGGGUAUCAAGAGGCUAGCUUUACCCCCUAGACGACAACGGUAAUGGCUUGUUCAGAGUUGGUCGAUGGGGCCCAAAGGAACGCAAGGGUCACGACGGACCGGCUGAAUAAGCUCCUGUUACCCAGAUGAAGCUACUGUGUACUGCAGGAUUUGGAGUCGAUGACUUCUGCAAUGGAGUAGACGGUACCAGAUGCUAACCCCCAUCGUGCGACAUUUGUUGUCAUUGUUCAGCAGUCGUAUUUUCUUGGUGACAUGGUGAAAAC